AUGUCUGGACAGUCUGAACGGGUGAUCUUUUACGAUCUGCCUUCAAAGGGUGAACCCCACUGCUUCAGCCCAAAUGCGUGGAAGACUCGAGCUGCCCUCAACUUCAAGGGCUUGAAUUACUCAACGGACUGGACCGACUUCUGCGACCUGCACGAGAAGCUCAUUUCGUUUGGUCUCGCCCCAAACGACCCCGACGAGUGCAUCUUCCGGUACUCGAGCCCCACGAUUCAACUUCCAGAUGGCUCGUAUGUCAUGGAAUCUCGUCACAUAGCCGAUGCUCUGGAGAAACUGCAGCCCGAGCCUUCUCUUCGCCUGGACACUGGCUAUCCGGAGCGUGCUCAGGGAAUAGUUGACCUGCUGCUUCGUACAGUGGUGGUUCCGUUCAUGUAUCGAAUCCCGGACUGGUUGUUACGGCCAGAAGGCGCCAAGUGGUACCAUCAAGAGCGUCAGAAGCUCUUCGGCGGUAUGACUCUCUACGACUUUGCCGAGCACGAGGAAUUCUCUGGCGAGAGAGCAUGGCAGAAGGCGGAACCAGCCAUGAACGACCUCAGAAACCUUCUUGCUGAGAAUCAAACGGGACCAUUCGUGAUGGGAAGUCAAGUCAGCUAUGCGGACUUCAUCAUCGUAAGCUACUUCAAAUUCCUGACCAAGAUCGAUAAAGAUGGAGAUGCUUACGGAAGGAUGGUGGGCUUUGAUCCAAGUUUUGAAGCGCUCUUCAAGGCUUGCGAAAAGUGGUACGCGAGAGACGAACAUUAG